AUGGCGAAGUAUAUCCUUUCCCAAAACAUCGUGGACAUUAACAGUAGAACACAUAAGGGAGCAACCCCGCUGAUGAAGGCCGCAUAUAAGGGACACAAAGACGUUUUUGAGUACCUCGUGAAUAAGAGAGCUAAUGUGUCACACGUAGAUGAUAACGGAGACAACAUACUUCAUUAUGCCUCAAUUUUGGGACAUGCAGAGAUCGUUCAGUAUAUCCUAUCACAAGACCUGGUGGAUAUUAAUAGUAGAGGAAAAUACGAGAGGACACCAUUGAUGAGAGCGGCGUAUUAUGGACAUAGAAAAGUGUUUGAUCUUCUUGUGAGCGAAGGUGGUCUAACUCACUUAGUGGAUUAUAAGGGUAACAACAUCCUUCACCUGGCCGCAUUUGAUGGACAGGUCGAGAUGGCGAAGUAUAUCCUUUCCCAAAACAUCGUGGACAUUAACAGUAGAACACGUAAGGGAGCAACCCCGCUAAUGAAGGCCGCAUAUAUCGGACACAAAGACGUUUUUGAGUUCCUCGUGAAUAAGAGAGCUAAUGUGUCACACGUAGAUGAUAACGGAGACAACAUACUUCAUUAUGCCUCAAUUUGGGGAAAUGCAGAGAUCGUUCAGUAUAUCCUAUCACAUGACCUGGUGAAUAUCAACAGUCGGGGACGAUACGGAGCUACCCCACUGAUGAAGGCUGCUCAUAAGGGACACAUAGAUAUUUUCGAGUACCUCGUGAAUACGAAAGCUAAUGUGUCACUUUUUGAUUUUGAAAGAGACAACAUACUUCAUUAUGCCUCAAUUGGGGGACAUAGACACAUUUGUCAGUAUAUCCUAUCGCUAGAUCUGGUAAAUAUCAACAGCAGAGGAAAAUACGGGAGGACAGCCUUGAUGUGGGCGGCAUUUUAUGGACAAAGAAAGGUGCUUGAUCUGCUUGUGAGUAAAGGUGGUUUAACUGACUUAGUGGAUGCUGAGGGUCAAAGCAUCCUUCAUGUGGCGUCCUCAGGCGGACGUGUGGAGAUGGUGAAGUAUAUCCUGUCACAGAACCUGGUCGACAUAAACGCCAGGGACAAGGAAGGGGACACAGCAGCCAUGAUAGCAAUACGUAAUGGAAAACUUUCCGUGUAUAACCUUCUUGUUUCGCAGGGUUGUCUAGUAAUAUAA